GAAGCAGGUCAGCGGUGGCGGCGUCGAGGGCAGAACGAUGCAGGCAGCAGGCGGAUGCAGAUUGGUGUAUGUACCGCCACCAGACGGACGGAAGGUCACGGCCCACCCUACUCCACCACCACCUCCACCAACAACAACAACACGACAGGCGGAUCCAGACGACCGAUCGACUAGUUGGUCAGUUAGUCCACGGCACCAGCCAAGCAGCGCAGAGACACGACCAAGCACGAACCGGCGCGAGACAGAACACGGGUACCCUAUCCGAGCGGAGCAGGUAUGAUGGCGCGGGCAGCAGUGGCAGAUGUCGUCGUUGUCGGAGUGCGAUCGUAGUCGUGAUCGUGCUUGUGACUGUGAGUUGCGUGUGAGCGUGAGCGGGAGCGGGAGUGUGGGCGUGGGGCGUGAGCUUGACGACGAAGACGAAGACGCCGACGCCGACGAGCUGUGGCUGUGGCUGUUCGUCCGCUCGCUGGGUCCCACCACUAGUUGCUCUAGUACCGUACCAUAUUCUCCUGCCAUGUAUGUGAGUGGACCGGAAGUCCGAGCGUCUACCUGCUCCAUAUCAGCAGUGUGUAGCCUUUUUUUCUUCUUUUUUUUCAUUCUUUCUGUGGCGUCUGUAUCACGACGGGUGGGUAGCCGGCCACACGGUCUGACUGGAUCGAUGGGAAAUGUCCGCUAUCGGAGCAACACGAUGCGGACAGACGUAUGUCGUGCAGAGCUGCGAGCAGGCAGAGCGGAAGAAGAAAAGCUGGAGAAGAGUCACCUAUUCCGGUCCGAACACGGUGGUACGGGAGAACGAGCUAGCCAGCGUACCUACGUGGAGAGUCGUGGACCCGCCCCCAGCUGCGAAGUGAGGAAGCGACUCGGUCGGUUUGGAUGGUUAUCGAGUGGGGAACGAAAGGAAGGAAAAAAGCGAAGCGGAUGGGAAACCAAAAGGCGUUGGUGAUGCUGUUCCGCUGCUGCUGUUGUUCCGCUGCUGCUGCUGAUGCUGCUGCUGCCGACGAUGUCUUGGAUCGAUUGCACGAUAGGUGUCAGUCAGCCGUUCUCGGUCAGUUAGUCCGUUAGUCAGUCAGUCGUUCUCGGUUAGGUAGUCCGUCGGUCACUCUCGGUUCGCCCGUCAGUCAUUCUCGGUCCGCACUUCGGUCCGGCUUCUCCUUCACCUUCCUCUCCUACUCCUUCCUCUCCUACUCCUUCCUCUCCUACUCCUUCCUCUCCUACUCCUUCCUCU